GAAUGACAGGCUUUGGUAGGAAAUCUGCAUUUCUCUCCCCUCUUUGGGAACAAACAGGAAGAUACUUUGGAGGGCGGGCUUUGGCUUUCAAGGCUCCCUUUUCAUAUAUUGUGUACUGCAGUGAUCGGAAUGAUUAAUCCAAUAUGCUGUUAUCACGGCUGACGUCACAGGUAGCGAGAGCAUCACGGUUUACAGGUCAGCUUCUGUCAAGGUCAGCAGCUUCGCUACUGAAUCCUGGUGCUCCUUCCACAACUUACAGCACCCACUCUUCUAGCAAAAAUGGGCCCCAGCCCCAGCAACAGUACAGACUGGACCCCGAACUGGAAGAGAUGCUGGUGCCCCGGAAGAUGUCCAUUUCCCCGCUGGAGAGCUGGCUGACGGUCCACUAUUCCCUCCCUAAAGAAGGGGUCAUUGUUAACAUUCAUGAAAGGCCACAAUAUGAACCUACGCAGCAGUAUGACCUGCCUCCAUCUCCCCAGGACCCAGAGGAGGAAGGAAAUGAACCAACUGGGAAUAAUAUGGAGUGCAGGAAUGUGCUGAAGAUCCGGAGGAGGAAAAUGAAUCGGCACAAGUACAAGAAGCUGAGGAAACGUCGGAAGUUUGUGAGGAGGAAGGUCAUGGAAGGUCGACGGAAGAGGAAACAGAGAAGGUUUGAAAAGGAUCUGGAGCGAAUCUGGAGGAAGGCUGGCUUGAAGAAGCCUCCUGAGGGUUGGGUAACGCCCAAGAUCUAUCUCAGGAAUGUGAAAUCGGAUUGAUGUUGCUUCAAAUAGGGUCUUGCUGUUUAAUUAAAAGGUUAUUUUAAACAACA